AAAACCUCUAAAGAGUAACACUCUUCAAAAUCCAAAUCCUGAAAUAUGAUUACUUCAGAGUUUCCAGUUUUACAGGACUCGUCUAAUGAGUCUGGACAGGGGGACUCUGUGAACCAGAGCAGUGUCAGUGAGCUGGAUGAUGGAGGGGAAGGGAAAGGCAAGAGGAAACGGGGCAGGCCAGGCAGACCACCGGCGGCCAACAAGAAGCCCCGAAAGUCUCCGGUCAGUCAGCUGGGACCCCCGCGUGGGAGGAAACCCAACGGUGUCAGUCAACAGAAUGGAGAAGGAGAUCUUAACACGCUGUUUGAGGUUGUCAAAAUGGGCAAGAGUGCUAUGCAGUCAGUUGUUGAUGACUGGAUUGAGUCCUAUAAGCAGGACAGAGAUGUUGCACUGUUGGAUCUGAUCAACUUCUUCAUCCAGUGUUCUGGUUGUAAAGGUGCUGUACGGAUCGAAAUGUUCCGGAACAUGCAAAAUUCGGAAAUUAUCAGAAAGAUGACAGAAGAGUUUGAUGAGGAUAGCGGAGACUAUCCCCUCACCAUGCCCGGCCCUCAGUGGAAGAAGUUCCGCUACAACUUCUGCGAGUUCAUUGGGGUUCUGAUCCGACAGUGCCAGUACAGCAUUAUCUAUGACGAGUACAUGAUGGACACGGUCAUCUCCCUCCUCACCGGGCUGUCCGACUCCCAGGUCCGAGCCUUCAGACACACCAGCACCCUGGCAGCUAUGAAACUAAUGACUGCUCUGGUGAACGUGGCCCUGAACCUGAGUAUUAACCAGGACAACACGCAGAGACAGUACGAGGCUGAACGCAACAAGGUAGCUGGAAAAAGAGCCAGCGAGAAGCUGGAACUGCUGCUGGAGAAAAGGAAGGAGCUUCAAGAGAACCAAGAUGAGAUUGAAAACAUGAUGAACUCCAUCUUCAAGGGGAUUUUUGUGCACCGUUACAGGGAUGCUAUUGCUGAGAUCAGAGCCAUUUGUAUUGAGGAGAUUGGUGUGUGGAUGAAGAUGUACAGUGAUGCUUUUCUGAAUGACAGUUACCUGAAGUAUGUGGGCUGGACAUUGCAUGACAGGCAAGGAGAGGUGAGACUCAAGUGUCUUAAAGCACUUCAGAACCUCUACACCAACAGAGAGCUCUUCCCUAAAUUAGAGCUCUUCACUAAUCGCUUUAAGGAUCGCAUCGUGUCUAUGACUCUGGAUAAGGAAUACGACGUGGCAGUAGAGGCCAUCAGACUAGUGACUCUCAUAUUACAUGGCAGCGAGGAAGCCCUCUCUAAUGAAGACUGUGAGAAUGUCUAUCACCUGGUUUACUCCGCCCACCGGCCCGUCGCCGUGGCAGCGGGAGAAUUCCUUCACAGGAAAUUGUUCAGCAGACACGACCCUCAGGCGGAGGAGGCCUUGGCCAAGCGCAGGGGCAGGAACAGUCCUAAUGGAAACCUGAUCCGAAUGCUGGUACUCUUCUUCCUGGAGAGCGAGCUGCACGAGCAUGCAGCCUACCUGGUAGACAGCCUGUGGGACAGCUCUCAGGAGCUGCUGAAAGACUGGGAGUGUAUGACAGAACUUCUCCUGGAGGACCCAAUGCAGGGGGAGGAAGCACUGGGAGACAGACAUGAGAGUGCUCUUAUUGAGCUGAUGGUCUGCACCAUUCGGCAGGCAGCAGAAGCUCACCCACCUGUUGGCAGAGGGACAGGGAAGAGGGUCCUAACUGCGAAAGAGAGGAAGACUCAAAUUGACGAUAAGAACAAACUAACUGAACAUUUUAUCAUGGCCCUCCCUAUGCUCCUGUCAAAGUACCAAACAGACUCUGAGAAAGUUGCAAAUCUCCUGCAAAUUCCACAGUACUUUGACCUGGAUGUAUACAGUGCUGGAAGAAUGGAAAAGCACUUAGACGCUUUGCUGAAGCAGAUUCGCUUUGUGGUGGAGAAGCACACAGAAACAGAGGUACUGGAGGCCUGUAGCAGGACAUACAGUAUCCUGUGUAGUGAGGAGUACACGAUCAUGAACCGUGUGGACAUCUCCAGGAGCCAACUCAUUGAUGAGCUGACCGAUCGCUUCAGUCACUCUGUGGAGGACCUACUGCAAGAGGGGGAUGAAGCUGAUGAUGAUGACAUCUACAACGUCCUCUCCACACUUAAGAAACUCACUGCCUUCCAUAAUGCACAUGACUUGACCAAGUGGGACCUGUUUAGCUACUGUUACCGAUUACUCAAGAUGGGUAUAGAACAAGGCUCCAUGCCGGAACAGAUUGCCGUGCAGGCCCUCCAGUGCUCCCAUUACUCCAUCCUUUGGCAGCUUGUCAAGGUCACAGAGGGGUCUCCAUCAAAGGAUGACCUGAUAGCCCUGAGGAGAGUAGUGAAGUCUUUCUUGGCUAUAUGCCAGCAGUGCCUGUCAAACGUCAACACUCCUGUCAAGGAGCAGGCAUUCAUGUUGCUAUGUGACCUGCUGAUGAUCUUCAGUCACCAGCUGACCACUGGGGGUCGAGACUCCCUACAACCACUGGUGUUCAAUCCGGACGGCGCUCUGCAAAAUGAACUGCUCAGCUUCGUCCUGGACCACGUCUUCAUCGACCAGGACGACGAAAACCAGAGCAUGGAAGGAGAUGAGGAGGACGAGGCAAAUAAAAUCGAGGCUUUACACAAGAGGAGAAACCUGCUGGCCGCCUUCAGUAAGCUCAUCAUUUACGACAUAGUGGACAUGCCUGCAGCAGCAGAUAUCUUCAAACACUACAUGAAGUAUUAUAAUGACUAUGGAGACAUCAUCAAGGAGACACUGAGCAAGACCAGACAAACUGACAAGAUCCUGUGUGCCAAGACUUUGAUCCUCAGUCUGCAAAAGCUCUUUAACGAGCUGAUUCAAGAUCAGGGGCCCAACCUGGACCGAACCUCCUCCCAUGUGAGUGGGAUUAAAGAGCUGGCCCGUCGGUUUGCUCUCACCUUCGGAUUGGACCAGAUCAAAACCAGGGAGGCUGUGGCCACACUGCACAAAGAUGGCAUCGAGUUUGCCUUUAAAUAUCAGAAUCCAAAAGGACCAGACUUUCCUCCACCAAACUUAGCUUUUCUGGAGGUGCUGAGUGAGUUCUCCUCCAAACUCCUACGGCAGGAUAAAAAGACUGUUCAUUCGUACCUUGAGAAGUUUAUGACGGAGCACAUGAUGGAGAGGCGUGAGGAUGUGUGGCUGCCACUCAUCGCCUACAGAAACUCCCUGCUAACAGGUGGAGAUGAGGACCGCAUGUCUGUCACCAGUGGCAGCAUAAGCAGCAAAACCAGCUCAGUGCGCAGUAAAAAGGGCCGGCCACCCCUGCAUAAGAAACGCACAGACGCGGCAGACGACAGUGUGGACGGAUCAUGGGUGAUGCGUAACGAAACCCUUCAGACCCCGGGAGCGAUGCAGACCCCUCAGCUCACCUCCACGGUCCUGAGAGAGAAUCCAAGACAGGCUGCAGAACAUAUCCCCGACCAGGACUCAUCAGAACAGGGCUCAGAACCUGACUACCUUCACAAUCCACAGAUGCAGAUGUCAUGGUUAGGCCAGCAGAAGAUGGAUGAGGUGAACAGGAAGGACAGAGGUGCCAUGAACUAUAUGAAGGCAAGGAGUGCAGGAGUUAGACAGGCAGUUCGGGGCCUAAUGGAGGAUGACGCAGAGCCCAUUUUCGAAGACGUGAUGAUGUCAUCGCGUGGCCAGUUAGAAGACAUGAAUGAAGAGUUUGAGGACACCAUGGUCAUUGAUCUGCCUCCAUCCCGGAACAGAAGGGAGAGAGCUGAACUCAGACCAGAUUUCUUUGACUCUACGGCUAUUAUAGAAGAUGAGUCUGGAUUUGGAAUGCAGAUGUUUUAAGGACAGUUUGACAUGAAUGGGAGAGAAUCAAAUACGGUUGUCCCUGCUUGAAUGGGGGGGG